ACUGAGGAAUGCAUGACAGAUCGUCAUAACCUGCUCAACCAAGGGAUAAAAGACGGAGGCUCACUGAUCUUUAGAUCCCAGCACCAAAGCACACGUUAAACUGGUAUUUUUUUUUAGUGGUGUUGUCAUCCAAUGAAAAAGACAGAAUGCAUGUGAUUGUGGUUGUCACUCUGCUCAUAUUCUGCACCUUUUCCGAUGUCCAUCCUCAGAUGUUCUCCUUAUCCCUGCCGGUGGGCUCUGGAGGAGGUGAGUCCUUCAGUCUGACAGGAGAAGGUCGUAUCACGGCUGUCCGAGUAUGGGAGAGAUACAACAACUACAUCGUGGGCUUGCAGAUCCGCUACGGUCCCAUCUGGUCGCCUGUGGUCGGUAGUCAAAGUGGCGUUGGCAAGGACUUGGAGUUGUUUGACGGUGAAGCCAUCAUACAGAUCUCUGGAAAGUAUACCUCCUCUCUGCAGUCGGUGGUGUUUGUCACUAAUCGCAGCCGGUCACUGCUAGCAGGUCAGCCGCGUGGGCACUCCUUCAACAUGUAUCCCACGAGCAAGGAGGCCGAGCUGCGCUUCAUCAGCGGCCAAGUCAGAUAUGGUUUCACUUCCUUUGGGGCGCACUGGGGUGUUGUUUGAUGAGCUUUGUUGCGGUUGCUGUGAUAUUGUAUGAAAACUAUGAGAAGUCCUUGCUUUGUUUUUCUUCCUUUGUCCUAUUUUAUGAUUCUGACACUGAUCAGCCCAUGUAUUUUUGCCACAUUGCUCACUUAACUUGAUCCAAAACUAUGUUAAACGUAAUGUUGUCCCGAUACCAAUAUUUAAUGUAUUUCAAUACUUUUCGGGACUUUUCGAUACUUUUCUAAAUAAAAGGGACCACAAACAAUGGCAUUAUUGGCUUUAUUUUAACAAAAAAUGGCACAUUAAACAUAUGUUUCUUAUUGCAAGUUUGUCCUUAAAUAAAAUAGUGAACAUACAAAACAAUGUGUCUUUUAGUAGUAAGUAAGCAAACAAAGGCUCCUGAUUUAGCUGCUGACGUAUGCAGUAACAUAUUGUGUCAUUUUCCAUUCUAUUAUUAUGUCAACAUUAUUAAGGACAAGUGGUAGAAAAUGAAUUACCGUAUUUUUCGGACUAAAGUCGC